AUGACUUUAUGCAGGAAUAAAACAUCAAUUAUGCAGUCAACAGCUGAUAGUUUAAGUCUUGGUGAUCGUUAUCCAAAAGAGAAAUGUGCAUCGUUCCACGCAAUUUUAGAAACUAUUGUAACAUACCUAGCCAAUAUUGAUUUAAAUCAAUAUCAUUUGAAACAAUUCGUCGCUUGGAUCUUGUAA